AAAAAAAAAAAUGGAACGGCCUCUCUCUCGUGUGUGCAUUGGGAAUCGCGAAGUGUCAGUGGCACUUGGUUUUGACUUUUGACUCCUCAAAUAUAACAACCCCACUACUACUACUGAUAGUGACGCUACAACUGACUCAGCCAUGGGCUCUUUCACUUGGGUUGGGGAGUACAACGCCGCCGUCACCGCCACCGCCGAUGUCGACGCCGCCUCCGCCGCCGCUCCGACGAGGAGGAGCAAGAGGCUUCACCGCCCCAAGAAGUUUGAGUUUCUCAGCUGGGGCUCGAGGCCGCUGAUUGAAUUUCUCGAGUCGAUUGGGAAGGACACGACGAAGCAGAUCUCCCAAUACGACGUCGCUACGAUUAUCACCGACUACGUCAACCACCGCAGGCUUCUCCACCCGACGAAGAGGAAGAGGAUCGUCUGCGACGAGGGGCUUCAUAUUCUGUUCGGCAGGAAGACCAUUGCUCGGAUCAAGAUCUACGAUCUGCUCCAGCCGCAUUUCGCUGAUAAUCUCGAGGACGAUUCCGAUGAUUCGUCGGAUGAGUCCGACGACGACGGUGGUUUGGACGAGGAGGACGAGGAUAAGCAGCAGCGGCGGCAGCUGCAGAGGAAGAAGCAGCUGAAGAGGAGAGCCGCCGCUGUCGCUCUGCAUGCGCCUCCUCCGGUUCCGAAAAGCUGCUACGCCGCCGUGAUUCCGGAGAAUUUGAAGCUGGUGUACCUGAGGAGGUCGGUGGUGGAGGCUCUGCUGAAGCAGGACGAGGCUCAGGUGUUUGAGGACAAAGUCGUGGGGAGCUUUGUGAGGACGAAAUCGGACCCCAAUGACUAUCUGCAGAAGAAUUCUCACCAGCUAAUGCAGGUGAAGGCGAUUCUGAAGAAGCCGGAGCCGAAUUCGGAAUCGUCUGCUGGAGGUGGAGUUCUUCUUCAGCUUCAUGGGGCUGUUAGAGACUUCUCCAUUUCCGUGCUCUCUGAUGAUAACUUCUUCCCGGAAGAAUGUGAGGAUUUACGUGAAAGGGUUAAAGGUGGUUUGCUGAAGAGACCUACAGUGGUGGAGCUUCAACAAAAGGUCCAGAUUUUGCAUCUGGAUGUAACAAAGCAUUGGCUUGUGAGAGAACUUCAAUACUUACAGAACUCAAUUGAUCGAGCGAAUGAAAAGGGAUUGCGCCGAGAGCUGUUUGACUACUUGGAAAGAAGGGAACUGCUGCAGUCUCCAGAUGAACAAGCACGUCUUUUGCGAGAGGUUCCCGAAGUUAUUGCAGAAGAAUUAGAGGAAGAACCAAAAGAUUCUCCAGAUGAAACAGAACAAGGAAACCAUGGCUCCCCAGGACAUAUCCUCAGGGGAGAAUCAACUCCUAUUUCUGAAGCAUGCGAGGAUGGUGAUUCUUUGCAGAACCAACCUGCAGAGUCUGUAAAAGAGAUACUUGAUGCAGAGGACAACAAGGCUUCUCAGCAACUGGUGGAUAAGCAUAUAGUGACAUCUGAGAUAGUGGAUAUAAGUGAUGACGACGAAAGUGAAGAACCAGAAUCUGAAGAAAAGUACGAGAUUCCUAUUCCCCAGCUGGGAACCUCUAUGUGGCAUUAUUCCGAUCCCCAGGGAAACAUACAGGGUCCUUUCUCAAUCAUUUCCUUAAAGCGCUGGAGUGAUUCUGACUACUUUCCUCCAGAUUUCAAAAUUUGGAAGACAGGUCAGAGUAGUAAUGAAGCUGUAUUAUUGACCAAAAUUCUUCGUGGGAAUUUUCUAAAUAAAAGUGUAUACCAAUAAAAUUUGUAUCCAUAAGUUCAUGGUUCAGCUGUAAUUAUGUUUGUGAUCAAUGUACUAUCAGGGAAUAAUUUUAGUUAUGGCAUUCUCGCCAUAGUCAUAAUGUUGAUUAGCAGAGGAAUACAGUGAUUUGUUCCUUGGAUUUUUGAUUGAUAUAACAACCUUUGGAUGGCGUCAGUGAUGGA